GAAAGAAUUAAUACAUAACAAAUUUUAUUUUUUAGGGUGAAAUCUUUCUAGGACAUAUUACCUCUGGAUACAGUGUUGUACCGGGGUUUGUACCAGGGUUUCGGGAGAGCGGAUACGGGUUCACUCUUCAUACACCAGACCGGGCUUUCCAGUUUUCUGCUGAGACUGAAACUGAUAGAUCGGGUUGGAUUCAAGCAAUAGAGAAGAUACUAAAUAUACCUCUUCUACCACAGGACAGUUCAUUAGCUGCCCUGUUAAACAAGAAACGGAACGAAUCCAUUGCUUUCUUCACAAGAUAAGACUGACCGACCAGCUGACCCAGCACAGACUUCUCUAGUUCUUCAACAUCUUAUAUUUAUAGAUAUUACGAAUUUAGAAUGAUCAAAGAAAUGAUAAUGCUUGCUACAUUUAGUUUAAAUUACUUUAAUAACUUGUAAACUUGUAAAUAUCUUGAUGUAACCACGAGUUUGUUGAUUAAUGUAAAAAUACUGAUUUGUGAAGAAAAACGAGCUUUUUAUUGUAAAUAUUGAAGCAGAAAACUAAUGUAACUUAUAAAUCAUGAUAUUGAAUGUUAUUUAUUAGUAAAGGGCGAACUUAAACUUUUUCAAUUCAAAAUAUUUAUAUACUUCUUGAAAAUUGUGGAAAGUGACUGAGUAGCAAUUAAAAUUUAAAAAUAUUCACUUUAACGAUUUUGCCCUUUUAAAAAAUGUAAAGAGAAAAUUGCAUAUGUUUAAUUUUUUUACUUAUUAAAUGUUUUAAAGAGACUGUGUUUGUAAUUUCAAGUACUCCUCCUCUAUUAAAUGAGGGCCAUGUCCGAUUCACAUCGGUAACAUUUAACACGCUAUCUGAUUAAUAAUCUGGAAGCUGUCGUCGUUUUUCUUGUAUGUGUUAAAUUCUGUUAAGUGACUUCUUUGUUUCUGUAGCAUAAAACCGAAAGUUCCUUUUACAAAGAAGCUACAAUAAAUUUAUUAAAUUUUUUAAAAGAAACCCGUGUGAUAUCUUAUUUAUUCCUGACCAGGCAAAGCAUCUAUGGCUACCGUUUUCAAUCGGAAGGCCAAUCUAAAAAUGGAGGGUCGUUUUAAUAUUACGUCUGCACACAGUCCCUUUAAGCAUUCUUCUGAUAAUAAAUUUAUGAAUAAAACUAAGAUAUAAUUUUUAAAUCAAACCAAUUGAUGCUUCGAAGCAAUCUCUCUAUUAAUAAAAUUGUAGUUCUAAUAUAAUUAGUUUGAUUUGAUUUGAUUGCAAAAAAUGUUGAAACUCUUAAAAUACAUCAAUUUAUGUCGUUUGUUGAAAUUAAUAUUUCUCAUGUUAAAAAAUAAAACCAAAACCUAAAGUUUGCAAUAUAAAAAAGUUAAAUAUGCAUAAAUGUACAAAUAUAUUUUCUUAAGUUAAAACGUCUAACCUGUCCAAUCCAGCAGAAGAUAUUUCAGGAAAAUUAAAUAGUUCAAAAAGAUAGUUAAAAGCAAAAAAUAUCAAGUGAAUGUUAAAAAAAUUCAAAUCCUUAAAUUUGUCUUGUAAUUUUCUAUUGUGUUCUUUCUCCUUUUUUAUCGUUAUUAAAUCUAUUUUUUUUCGCUAAUUGUUUGUAAAUAUAUGUUUAUUUUUUAGCUAUUGAAGAGUUUCAGAAAGAAUGGGAGGACUAACGAGUAAACCAGUUCAACCCUCGCCUGGUGAACUAAGGGGAGUUGGUGAAAGUUCAGAGUUAGAGGAUAUUCAAUUUAGAGUAGAAGUAAGAAAAAGGAAAAGGAAACGUUCUGAGGAUAUUGAAAAAGAAGAAUUAGACCGACUCCUCUCCACUCCUAAGAAGAAAAUAUUAAAAACUACUUCACAAUAUAUAUUUGAUAAUCUUUUCCAGGAUGGCAAGGAUAGUGACGUCACACUGACUGCUUUGGGAACAUCAUGGAAGCUUCACAAACUCUACCUCUGUCAGUCUGCAUACUUUGCAUCCAUGUUCUCGGGAAGAUGGACGGAUGGUUCUAAAGAGACAAUCAACAUUCAGAUAGAUGAUCCUAAUAUUAAUAUUAAUUCUCUUCAUAUCACACUGGGAUCAUUCUAUAGGGAUGAUGUAACAAUAGAACCCAGUGAUGUCGUUUCUGUUCUAGCUGCAGCAUCUCUCUUCCAACUAGAUGGUCUUAUCUCACAAUGUAUAGUUAUUAUGGAUGAGACAAUUAACAUACAAACCGUUGUUCAAUACCAUGACAGCAGUGUAAGGUAUGGAUGUGUAGAGCUGACAAAGUCCUGUAUAAACUGGCUGCUCGCAAACCUUCUUAGUAUUAUGCCUGAUAAUCCUCUCAGAUUACGAGAAAUCCCCCCCAGUCUGAUGGGGCAGUUAAUUGGAUCUCCUCAUCUUUUUGUUAUACAAACUGAGUUCUCUGUAUAUGUACUGCUCCGACUCUGGGUUUACCUGAAGCUCCAUCCUGCCUGUGAUACUGAACCUAGGGAGAGCGUAAAUGAGUCCCAUAAAUAUUUUCGGUCGAUGGCGACAAGUGGGAAGAACGGCAGAACCGAGUAUUUUCUGGACUCUGAAUCCGCCAAACCAUACCUAGCAGUUUUCAGGAAUAUGAGGAUUGUUCAUAUGAUUAACCAUCAUCUUGAUUUAGAAAGUCUAGUAUCAGAUAGGAUAAUCCCGAAUUCGUGGUUAUCCAGUGUUUUCUACACAAGAUGGAUGUCAUUGCUAAGAAUAGAUUCAGGUAUUGAUAAGGGUCCAUCUAACUUAAGCGAAGAAACGUUUAACCGUGAAUGCUAUAGGUGUGGGCGGAUACUGCAGGUUGACGGUCAACACAUGUGGAGAUGGACAGGUUUCAACAGUGGAAUGGAUCUCAUCAUAACAUAUGAAAACUACAGACUCACUUUAAAAAGAAGCGGAUUGUCGGAUCAUGAAGCUUUGCUUUCAAAUCAUGGAUCAAGAAAUAUAUCCUACAGAGUAACUGUACUGAGCUUGAAUGAUCAGAAACAGAGAAUAUAUGUGAAGUUUUAUUGUACUGUGCUGUACUGUACUGUUGUGUACUGUACUGUACUACAGUGUCAUGUACCUUAUUGUACUGUACUAAUCUAUAUUGUAGAGUAGUUGUAUUGAGCUUAA